CAGUAUAAAGCAAGUAUUAUGAAAAAAUAAUUGUUUGAGGUUGCAGCUAACCGCAUUUAAACGUAGACAGCCUAAGUACUCAACACGAACAAGUUUCAAAUCGUCUGUACCUAAGGCCUGUUGAAUUAAUGGUUGUGAAAUGCUGUGCAAUACCCUCCCGCAUUUAUUAAACAAGAAAUCUGAAUCAAAGUAUCUAUAGUUAAACAAUGCGAACUUUGUUAUCUUGUGUUUGUUUUGUCAAGGUUCUGUUUUUUUUUUUGCCUUAAAGUGCUUUCACGCUGUUUUCGUUUCUAUGUUCUAGUGCAGCACUGCCAAGCCUCUGUAGGGUGUGUCGGCCACGCCUCGCCUUCUCGCCGGCUUUUUGCCAGUGCAUCCAACCUGCUUACGAAGGUAAAUAAAGAUAUUGUAUUCCAAUAAAGUGAGAACUCUUCAUUCACUCUUUCUCACACAGUGAUACAUGCUGUCAUGACCACGUAAAUGACCGAUGGUUAGGUUAGGUAUGGAGUUUCUCGACGUCUUCUCCUCGCGGCGCAUUUUUACACUGCAGGUAGACUGCGGCUGAGUAGUCUGCAAAGGAGCUGCCGAAGGGCUCACCCGCUCACGGGCUCUCUUGAAAAGAGAGAGGUGUCACGCGCACGAUGGCGCCAGGGCCGGCAACACGGCGAGCAACGCCAGGAGCGGCGCCGGCACACCCAGCAGCAGGUGGACGAUCGCAGACACGGACGCCCAUAGUGGCGCCGCCUACCGCCGGAGUGGCCACGCAGCAAGCAACCAGAGUUCAAAUGCCGGCAAUACCGGGCUGCCCCGCGGGCCUGGAAUACCUCACGGAGAUCGACCGCCUUAUCGUCGUCCAGUCUGUAGAGCUCUUAAAUACACUCUUCCCGGACCGGGUGGGGAGCAGGUAUGUGGUGACGAACACGAUGAACCAGUUUGUCUUCAGUGUGGUCGAGGACUUCAACUGCUUCAGGCGAACCUUGGGCCACUUGCGGCCCUUCCAGAUGGCGGUGCGCGACUUCCGCAAUGCCGAAGUGUUGCGGCUUGACCGGCCACUUCGCUGUGAUUCAUGUCUCUGCUUUUGCUGCCUUCAGGACCGCAUAUACUUCGAGGGCGGAGUCGGUGGGACGUGCCUGCGUUGUGCCUGGUACCUAGCCAGCAGACCUCGAUAA